AUGUCAAAGCUAUCGAAGCUAACUCCAUCAAACCCGAAGGUUUGGGUGGUGAUCGGCGUCGGCCUCGCCGGAGUUUUGAUCCUCGCCGAGGUACAGCGGCGUCGGAUCAGAGCCAGGAGCUCCGUGAAAGAAGAUUUCGGAGCUUUCGUUGACCGUUUUGAGCUCGCACCAUUUUCUCAGCCGCCACCACCGGCGGCUCGCCUCCCACUAUCCGGCCUCACCUUCGCCAUCAACGAUAACAUUGAUGUUAAAGGCUAUGUGACUGGGCAUGGAAGUACAGAUUGGAAGAGGACACAUGAGGGGGCUGAAAAAACGGCCGUGGUUGUCACAAUGAUGCUAAAAUCUGGAGCAACUUGCCUGGGCAAGACUGUAAUGGAUGAGCUUGGUUAUGGGAUAUUAGGGGAAAAUAAAAGUUAUGGAACUCCGACAAAUCCACAAAUGCCAUCCCAUGUUCCUGGUGGCUCGUCGAGUGGAUCUGCUGUGUCUGUUGCAUCAAAACUCGUAGACUUUGCUCUUGGUACGGAUACUAUUGGUUGUAUAAGAGUGCCAGCUUCUUAUUGUGGCAUCCUUGGAUAUAGACCAUCGCAUGGCAUUGUGUCUGCAAUUGGCGUUUCUCCAAACUCUCAAAGUUUAGAUGCUAUCGGUAGAUGCUUGGCAUCUGAUCCCUCUGUUUUACAUCGUGUGGGACACACUCUACUUCAGUUAAAUCUGCUAGAGCCUAAAAGGACAAGAAGGAUUCUUAUCGCUGAUGAUCUUUUCCAGCUCUGUAAGGUUCCGAUGCAGAGGACCGUUCAUAUUGUAAAUAAAGCAAUAGAGAAUUUGGCCGGCUACCAGAAACCUAAGCAUGUGAAUCUUGGGCAGCACAUUGCAUCGAAUGUGCCGAGUCUAGAUGGUUUUGGUGAAGAAUCGACAAAUUGGGAAAAUGGAUUGUCUACUUUGAAAGCACUGUCUUCUGUAAUGCUUUUACUACAGAGGUAUAGGUUCAAAACAAACCAUGAAGAGUGGGUUAAAUCAGUCAAACCUAAAUUAGACCCUGUCGUCUCAAGUCGUGUUUGGUCAGCAAUAAACACGACCCAAGAGAACAUAAAGAGUCUAUAUAAAGUUAGAAUGGAUAUGCGGGCUGCUUUAAAAAGUCUCCUGAAGGAUGAUGGGAUAUUGGUGAUUCCAACAGUAGCUGAUCCUCCACCCAAGUUGAACUCAACAAAAAGCUUAUCUCCAGAGUUCCAUGACAGGAUCUAUGCUUUAUUGAGCAUUGCAACUAUGUCUGGAGGCUGCCAGGUCACCAUUCCAUUUGGAGAAUAUGAAGGCUCUCCAGUUUCGAUAUCAUUCAUUGCAUCUCAUGGAGCUGAUAAGUUCCUACUUGAUACUGUUCUUGAUACAUAUCCUUCUCUUCAAGAAGCAGUAACCGUUAUUUCUAGUUCGUCUAAGUUACCAUAUAUCAAUGGAAAUAUGGAUGAAGCUGAACUUCUGAAAGAAAAGGGAAAUGCUGCUUAUAAAGGUAAACGGUGGAAUAAGGCUGUAACUUACUACACAGAGGCGAUAAAAUUGAAUGGGAACAAUUCAACCUACUAUUGCAAUCGUGCAGCUGCUUACUUGGAGUUGGCUUGCUUCCAAGAAGCUGAAGAGGAUUGCACUAUAGCGAUGUCUUUGGAUAAGAAGAAUGUCAAGGCCUAUCUGAGACGAGGGACUGCAAGAGAAUCACUGAUGCUCUACAGAGAGGCCCUUCAAGAUUUCAGGCAUGCACUUGUUUUGGAGCCACAGAACAAAGCGGCGAGUCUAGCUGAGAAAAGACUAAGAAAAUUAAUCGGUUGA